UGAAAAGCGUGGAGGUUCUACCUGGACCUUGCCGCUAUAAAUGCAAGCCACCGUCUCUUUUGCAGCUAUCAACGCACCAAUUGAUCGAUUUAUAGCAAUCGGUAUUACCAAUGGCCAAACAAAGGGCUUCCGACUCUUCGAUCACAGACGGCCUCCUAGCGAAGGAGGUCCCUGGCAGCUACGGCAUCCCGUUCAUCUCCGCCAUACGAGACCGUCUCGGAUUUUACUACGACGGGCAGGACAAGUUCUUCCAGUCUCGAGUCGACCAACACAACUCCACCGUCGUCCGCCUCAAUGCUCCGCCGGGACCCUUCAUGGCUUCCAACCCACGCGUCAUCGCCCUCCUCGACGCCAAGAGCUUCCCUGUCCUUUUCGACGUCGACAAGGUCGCCAAGCGUGACCUCUUUACGGGAACCUACAUGCCCUCCACCGCACUCACCGGGGGCUUCCGGGUCUGCGCCUACCUUGACCCUUCCGAGCCGAAGCACGCCCAGAUCAAGCAGCUCCUCCUUACCCUCCUCGCCGCACGGAAGGACGCCGUACUCCCGGCCUUCCGAUCCGAAUUUGGCGCCCUUUUCGACUCCGUAGAGGCGGAGUUGAACUCUGGGGCGGGGAAGUCGUCGGAUUUUAACAAGCUUAACGAUGGCACCGCGUUCGACUUCUUGGGUGAGGCGUUCUUCGGCGUUAGGCCGUCGGCCACGACGCUCGGCAGCACGGGGCCGUCGAGGAGCACCCGGUGGCUGUUCCUACAGCUAUGCCCUCUCAUGACGCUCGGCCUCCCCAAGAUAUUGGAGGAGUUGUUUCUGCAUACAUUUCCGCUGCCGCCGCUCAUCGCGCGAUGGGACUACAAGGCACUCUACAAGUACAUCAGCGAGGCUGCCGCCUCCAGCGGCGUGCUCGACACCGCCAAUAAGUUGGGUAUCUCGCGGGACGAGGCAUGCCACAACCUCCUCUUCGCCACCGUCUUCAACUCCUAUGGAGGGAUGAAGGUAUUGCUGCCCGGGAUAAUGGGGUGUCUGGCAAAGGCCGGCGAGGGCCUGCACAAGCGGCUGACAAAGGAGAUCCGCGGAGAAGUGGCGGCGGCAGGUGGCAAGGUGACGGUGGCCGCAGUGGAGCGGAUGGAGCUGACACGCUCGGUGGUCUACGAGGCACUGCGCCUGGACCCUCCCGUGAAGUACCAAUACGGGCACGCUAAGCGCGAUUUGGUCAUCGAGAGCCACGAUGGGGCAUACAAAGUGCGAUCCGGCGAGAUGCUCUUCGGCUACCAGCCUUUCGCCACGCGCGACCCCAAAGUCUUCGACCAAGCCGACCAGUUCGUGCCCGAUCGGUUCGUGGGCGAGGAGGGGAAGAAGUUGCUCAAGUACGUGGUCUGGUCGAACGGGCCAGAAACAGAGAGCCCGACGGUGGCGGACAAGCAGUGCCCAGGGAAGGAUCUGGUGAUCCUCGUGGGGCGGCUCCUCGUCGUGGAUUUCUUUCUCCGGUACGACUCCUUCACUGCCGAGGUGGGCACGCAGUUGCUCGGCGCACAGGUGAACAUCACCUCCUUGGCUAAGGCGUCCACCAGCGCCGCCUCUACCAGCGACAACUAAUUAGCCGAUCUCGGUGUGUUGGGUUAGUACUGUUUGAGUGAUUAGCGUAUGUUAUCAUCGUGAAAUUUGUGAUUCAAAUCGAUAAGAUAAAGAUAAAUGUCUUUCUUGUGCUAGUUAUUAUUUCAAUAAUGAUUAGUAGUUAUCCCUUCUCCAUAAUGAUCUGAGGAUGUAUUGAUGGAGAUAUUGGGGGGCGAGAACCUUUUGA